CUGAGCCGCACAGUUACACGUUCUCCACCACGAAACUAAGAUAGACGAUCAUGGCAGGAAAACGCACAGCGACGAUGGCAGUACUGUUGGUGUUGGGUCUCCACUUGUCAGGAGCCCAGGGGAGGAAUCACGUCGUGGCAGGGGUGCAGGGUCAAGCUGUGGCACAGAGUCAGAGCACAGACGAGAACGGCGUCACCACAGGGGAGUGUGCCUUCACUGAUAAGCAGGGCCAGCCCAUUAGGAUCAGGUACCAACAAACUCCUGAUGGCCAGAUACAGGCUAACGUGAUCGAAGGGAACGUUCCUGAUCCCGUGGCAGCUCUCCGUGUGUGCAGGCAGUCCCAGUCGCAUCUCCAGGAUCAGCUGCAGGCACAGCAGCAACAUCUGCAGAGACAACAGGAGAACCUUUUCUAUCAACUCCGACAGCAGCAGCAAGCCAUCUUCAACCAUCAACCAGCCUUCCCAGACUUCUUCAACUAAAUGGGUGGAACUGUCUACCUGACCCUCUCCCUCAUCCACCCGAAUUUUACCUGCUGUCUUCUUCAUCAGUCCUUAACCUGAUUUAUCGUUUCGUUUUUAGUGAUUAUUUUAUUUUGUUUUGAAAUUUGUAUUUUUGUUGUUGUUGAUGUUGAGCCAACUUGACGUUCCUGUAAGAAGUGCCGAUUUUUUCAUUAGUGGUUCUUAAAAUCUUCAGCAUUCUGUCAGUAUUUUUUUGCCUUCACAUAAAUAUAUCUAAAUGUUUUCAGAUAUAUAUUUUUAAUGUGUGUAUGCAGAGUAGGUUGAAGGUAGCAUCAUUCAUCACUAUUAAAUGACAAACAAUGGUAGAAUAUUGUGACAUUCACUGGACCAAGCAAAGUGAAACCUAUUUAUGCCUACGAAGGAAAAUAAUGCUUCCAAAUAACUUGUCUUCCGUCAUCAUUCACUUGAUUUUUUGGCUAUGAUGUAUUUCGCUUCUCUCACCGCUUGUAAACUUCCAUCACCAAGACUUCCAAGAUUGUAAGAUACUUCACUUUUGGUUCGUCUAUAUUAAAGAUAUGCAGGCGUCCUUUAGUAGCGAUGAGAUUGUCCAGGAAUGCAAAAUAUUAGAUUGAAGUCUGUCUGGAAUGGGUGUGUGGGUGAAGAGGAGGAAACAAUAUCCCUUCUCCAUCCCACAAAAAAAAAGAAUUUGUGUCAUAAAUGGUUGGCUGUGUUGAGGUAGUGCCACUUGAAUUACCCUUUCCCACGUAUAAUGAUACCCGGGUGUAUUCUCUCCGAAGGUCACCCUGGGAGGAGGAGGAGGACAUAGUUUAAACACAACGAAACAGGAACAAACAGGUCCUUGCAAACAGGUCUAAUAUUGAUUACGGACCCCCUUAGAUAACUCGUUGAAGCAUGGGGGAAAAAAUCUACGUAUAGGGUCUUAGAUUAUAUUUGAUGUCCUUAGUCAUUUAGCAGCAGGUACAGACCCUAGAGUAGUGUAUCUCCUUAAGUAUCCGCAACAGUGAGUAGGGACAUAUAUACAGGUAUUGUACUAACCGUAGUGUUCCUGAAAUCUAUAUACGCAGCUGCCGGUUACAGGAACCUAUUUCAAGACUCAAGACUAUUUAUUACCCUAUGUAAUUUAUAGAACCAAAAAAAAUCGAACCGGAUGUACAACUCUUAGUUUUAUCUUGUCUUCCCAAUACAACAUUCAGAACGAAAAUUGGGUCAAUCAUGAAAAAAAAGAAAGACUAUGUUAAAGUAAACUUCCUACCAGAAAUAGGACCCUAAUAGGCACUACACAACAUAAAAUAAGAAGAGGGGACAUAAAUGUUCAUGAUUUAUCUACCUGAAGAACGUAAGUUUUUUUAGACUGAAAUUAAAGAAUUUAUAUACUGUAUUGUCCUUGAAGAUCUGGUGUUUACGUAGAUUGAACUUAAGUCUUAGUUUAUGUACGUGAAGAUACUUAAUUUACAUAAACUAAACUGAAAUAAUUUAUAUAUCUGAAGACUGACAAGCCAUUCAUCCUACACUGAAAUUUUAUUGUGAAUUUAGUUUGUGUUGAAUAUGUGGUUUGACCUGGAGAGUGGAGGUUGUGUAUUCGCACUGUCAUUGGGGUCAUCCAGCCUCACAAGCGAUUGGUCUUGUGUGUGUGUGUGUGUGUGUGUGUGUGUGUGUGUGUGCACCCUAUCCUCUAAGUGCAAAGUGUCAGUAUGUAUGUUUGUAUUUUUUCUCAGUGUAUCUAUGCAUCAUGACCUUUAACCAGAAAAUAUCUUGAGAAUGGCCUGUAGAGGAGUGAGAGAGAGAGAGAGAGCACUUGCUGUUUUCUGUGGAGCUGGUCACCCAUGCUCCUGUUGGCUGUGUUAUAUAAGAAAAAAUAUAUUUUUUCCUUUGACAAAAAUAUUAAUAGAAAAAAAGCGUUAUGUGUUUCUACGUUUAAUUUGCGAAUAUCUUAUGUGUUCAUCGCUUUUUAAGACUGUUUAUCGUGCUAACAAGGAAAUUAUUUUAUAAUCUGGGCUAUUUAACAAGUAAAUUAUGUUCAUGGCUUAAGUACAAUGAUUAGUAUAUUGUUUAAUUUAUCAAAUAUAUCUGGUACUUCACAAAUUUA